CCUCAUCAUCAUCAUCAUCAUCAUCAUCCUCAUGCUCCUCGAAGCCGGAUCAGGGACGGAUCAGGAAAGUGAGCAGAAUCCGCCACAUGCAAGGGUGGAGGCAAGAUGAAGAGGCUUCCUGUGGCAUCCUCAAAGUGACACUCCAAGUGCUCACGUGAGCGUCUGGGCCGGGUUAGUCCAAUGAUCGACACCGGCCCGUCGAGCACGCUGGACAGCGCGGCGGAGGCGCCGUGCACCGUGUGCUGCUGCACACUGGGCAACAAGAUCCUCACGGUGGUCUUCAUGGUGCUGCUGAUCUUGGCCAUCCUCUUCGGCAACCUGCUGACCCUGGCGGUCGUCUUGGGCACGAAGCACUUCCGCACACCGCAGGGCUACCUAAAAGCCUCGCUGGCUGCGGCCGACCUGGCGGUGGGUGCCUUCGUUGUGCCGCUGUCUGUCUACGCUGAGCUCUACCUCAUGGCCGGCGAUUCUGCGCCCGAGUGGACGGCAUACAACUCUCAGUCGGUGAGCUUCCACCCUUGCACCGUUAUCGGACCCAUCUUCGCCGGUUGCACACUGGUGUCCAUCACCACCAUCUUCCUGAUGACGAUCGAGCGUAGCAUUGCUGUGCUGAAGCCGCUGCAUAAAGACUCGGUGAUCACGCGCAAGCGGACCACAAUCCUCAUCGCGCUCUCCUGGUUGGGGAGCUUCUUCCUGGCCGUGUCGCCCCUGGUGUUCAGCCGCGAGAUUGUCCUGGAGUACAACACCUGCAGCCGCAUGUGCAACUACGCCCUAGGGACCAUCGGCCAGUUCCCCUCGCAGGCCUGGAACAUCCUGCUCCUCUUCCCCGCCUUUGACUUCACCCUGCUGAGCGGCACGGUGGCCAUCAACAUCAUCUCGCUGUCCGGCAUCAGGCAACACUCCAAGCGCAGGAAACACCUGGCAGAGGCCGAAUGCCAAAAAGCCAGCAAGCCCACUUUCUCUGACAUCAAGGCAGCCAAGACCAUCGGGACACUGACGGUGGCCUUCACUGCCUCCUUUACACCCAUCGCAGUCUUUGUGGUGGGCAAUGUUCUUGGCAACGAGUGGUGCAAUUUCUCUUUCUUCGCCUUCUGGAUUUUGGCCACCAACAGCUGCUGCAAUGUGAUUAUUUACAGCGUGCGUGACCAGAAGUUCAGGCUGUGUGUGCACAAGUUGCUGCUGAGAGACGCCAGUAAGAGCUGCAGACAGACUUGAGCUUUUCUUUUUUUGUCGAGUCUGCAUGUCUGUCUUGCGGACCGCUAAAAGUGACAUCUCGGAAACGCACGGAACACCUAAGCGGGGUUCCAGUUAGGACCUGAGCUUUUUGGGAUGGAUUUUCACAGGGUGGGAUUGAGUGAUUGUUGUUGUUGGUGGAAGGUAUUGGAUGUUCGGCAAAGAUGUUGAUGGGUUGGCCAGCAAAUGUGUCAAUAUAUGGGUUGACUGUUUUGAUGACGGCAUAACCUAACCCUAACCGUAAGCCUCUUCCUUCCUAGCCUUAAUUCUACCCUAACCAGUAACACUAAACUCUAACUGACCGUAACUCCUAAUUCUUUUCCGUAACCCUAAAAACCCAUCCUUUACCCUAACUGCUAACAUUCUUCCUUCCCGACCUUAACCUAAUCAGCAACUCUACCCUCUUCCAUCUUAUCCAUGAACCCUCUCCCCCAACCUGAACCCAACCCAAACUCCAAGUUCUCUUCCUUCCUAACUUUAACCUCACCAACAUUCUGCCUACAAUGCCAAGAGGUAUUCUUUUAGAUCGUAAAAUAGUUUUACCAUCCUCUUAAACACCUUUACCUAACCUAACCCCUAAUCCCCAACCUUAAGCUAACUUUAAACCUCACUACCUUUUCAUAACAACAGUAUUAAUACCUCCUCCACCCUCACCAUGUUUGUUAUCAAAGCCACUUGGUUUGAAAGUUUUUAUUCGCUGAACAUUAAUUCCGUUUUCAUAUGUUAUGGGAUCACCAGGAGCCUUUCGAGCGGCGGAGGGGAGUUAUCUUGUUUUCUGUGAAGCUGUGCUAAACGUCUGUCGAAUGGUUUUUCAUCUGAGCUCAAUAAAAUGUAUGACACAGACCAACGUUUCACACCAAUUCCUCCAUGUGCAGAGUUCACCAGACAGCAAAUGCACAACAAUUACACUACUCACAAAAAGUUCCGGAUAUUGGGCUUUCGGGUAAAAUUUCAGGAAGAACUGUAAUUUCAUCUAAACUUAUGAAUAUCCAACUUCUCAAAGUUUCAAUACUUUUUUGUACAACUUGCUGUUCUCUAACCAGGAGCCGAACUGCAAAAUUUGCAACUUUUGAUCCAUGAACAUUUCCAAAGACCAUCACGUCUCUGCCUUUUUGUUACUCUUCCAGUGUCUCUAUCUAUGUUGCGACCGUCUGGUGACACCUUGUAACACUCCAAGCUGAGUGGCUUGCAUUUAGCAAGUUUUCAAACAGGACGUUCUCAGAAGGAACAGGCCACUAAGCUCAUGGUGUCAUCAGUCGUUUGCAGUCACAGAAAGGCAUACGUACAAAUUGCAAGCAAUAGCAAGUUGUGCAAAACGUUCUGAA